AUGAAUUACGAUCUACAGCAACUGAAAAAAAUAUAUACAAGUAAAAACAAGAAGCCUCCUACUGAUAAUCGAUCAUCAAGAAAUGUUGGAGAUCAAUCAAAGGAUAGGCAAACCUUGAAUAUAUCAUUUAAUGAAAAAAAAAAAUCAACUCCGAAAAUUAAUGUUCUUUUAUAAGAACUUCAAAAAAGAACUAAUUCAUAAGAAUAGUAUUUUAAUAGAACUUCUACUCCGAAUUCUUAACAUGAAAAAUCAUUAAUAAAUAAAACACAAAGAUCUAUUUCACCAUAACUUUUAUAUUAAAUGCCUUAGCAAUUGAAAAAAAUAUAUCAACAAAUAAAUUGUUAAGUUGGGUAAGAUAAGAUACUAAAUAGAAAUUAGAAACUCGAUUCUUUUAAAUGCAGAACAGAAGAAUCGAAAUCCCAUAAAAAUGAAUCAACAAGUUAUACUAUAAGUGAUUCAGAAGAAUAAAUAUAAUAGUUUAUUAAUUUAGAGGAAAUUGUGUUUACCAUUUUGGCUGUUAUCAGCAAAAAGUAAAAGGUAAUUAAAUAAUGCUAAAAUUAUCUUAAUUAAAUAUCUACUUUUAUGGUUGAAGAAAAAGAUCAGAUACAUUAAUAAAUCUUAUGUAAAUCAAUGAUCUUGGAAAGAAUUGGCAUUUUAGUUGUUCUCUAUAAAGCAUUAUCUGAUACAUUUGAUGAGGAUUAAUAAAACAUAAAAAAUUUAGUAUUUUACAUACACAGCAGCAUGGUUUUACAUUUGGAGUCGAUGCUUUAAUCAAAUUCUUUUUCUCAAUCUUAAAAGGCAUCAAUACAAGCUAGAUUAAAUAAGGUUAGAGCCAGAAAAAACCAGCAAAUGAUCGAUAUUAAUUUAAUACGCAAAAAUAGUAAUGUCGUAUAUUCUCUUCUAAUUCUAUUCGUUGAAAAUGCAACUGAUAAUAAUCUUAAUUAAUUAGAAAAAGUCUUAUCAAUAAUCGACAACAUCAACUUACAAUAAGGAACAAAAUUUAUUAAAUACUAAUAUGAUAAAAUACUAGUACAUAUUUAAUAGUUGAGAUUAACAAGAGAUUCUUCGGACUUUUAGUUUGACUAUGAAGAAGUGAUUGAUUGUUAACAGAUACCUUACUUAUCUAAAACAAAUAAAUACACUUUGGUUAUAGAUUUAGAUGAAACAUUAGUCCAUUAUUAAGAAGUAAUUGAGCUUAUUUUUAUAUAGUUAGUGGAUGAUGGAUAGUUUUUAGUUAGACCAUAUGCAUAAUAAUUCUUGAAGGAGAUGUCUAAGUACUAUGAAAUAGUGAUUUUUACUGCAGCACAGUAGGAUUAUGCUGAUUUCAUAUUGGAUUUAAUAGAUGAAGGUAGAGUGAUUGGAUAUAGACUAUAUCGUUAGCACACUACAUUGGUCGACAAUACUUACAUCAAAGAUAUUCAAAGGAUUGGUCGAGAUGUAAGGAGAACCAUAAUUAUCGAUAAUCUGGCUGAGAACUUUAAGUUUCAACCGGAUAAUGGAAUCUAGAUACAGAGUUGGUAUGGAGAUUAGGAUGAUUAAGCCUUAAUUUUUCUAUCCCCCUUACUGAUUCAAAUAGUUCAGAAGAAGAUUCCAGAUGUCAGAGAUGCUUUAAGAAGGUUUAGAGACUAGAUGCAAAAAAACAUUGAAGAUGGUAUCUCAGAUCCUCAUUUGCAUUUAAGUUUAGAUUGA